UUUUUAUCGGUUUUGUUUAAAUAAUGACUUCAAACAGUAAUUUUUUUGGAGACCGUCAUUUUAAAAACAGAACUUUAGGAGAGCUUUGGAUUCUUCUUCAGCUAAGUUGGCCUGUAAUAACAACACUAAUAUUAGAAUAUCUUCCUUCCAUUACCACCACUAUACUAGUUGGUAGGUAUCUCGGAAUUGAACUUAUGGAAGGUGCCACUUUGGCAUCAAUGUAUAUGAAUGUUUUUGGAAUUUCAAUUGGAUUUGGCCUCUCCGGUGGUUUAGAUACUUUGUGUUCUCAAGCAAAUGGUGCUGGAGAUAAACAACAAGUAGGACGAUGGUUUCAGCGUUACUUUCUUAUUUUGUUACUUCUUCUUGUACCGGUUUCAAUAUUAAAUUGGUUUUCAAAAACAAUUCUCGUUUAUAUACUACGCCAACCUCCUAUUAUAUCGGACUAUGCACAGCGUUAUUGUAGAUCAGCGAUAAUUGUUAUUCCCGCGCUCUGGUUUUAUGAGUUACUGAAGAAACUUUUUAUCACUCAAGGCGCUGUGCUUCAAAUGAUUUUACCUGCUAUUAUUACGAAUAUAACAAAUAUUGGAUUUUCUUUAUUUGUUUUGCGUUGCACUAAUUAUGGAUUGGAAGGCCUGGCUUUUGCUCGCAGUCUUGCGUCACUUAGCAGUCCUUGCGUGCUUCUAAUUUAUUCGAAGUACACAAAAUCUUUUGAACUAGUUUGGCCCUCGGACGGAUGGUCGAAAGAAAUUUUUUUUAGUUGGAAAACUGCUUUAAGUUUUGGGUUGCCUUGUCUUUUUCAAAUGUGUCUCGAGUGGUGGGCUUUUGAGCUUCAAGCUGCGUUAAGCGGGCUACUCCCUAACAAUAAUAUUACCCUUGGAGCGCAUCAAAUAUUAUUUAACGUUACUGGUUUUACGUAUAUGUGGUACUCCGGAAUCGGAACUGCUAUUAGUGUUUACUUGGCAAACCUUUUAGGCGCUGGGCGUGCAAAGCAGGCUUAUAAAAGUGCUAUGAUCGGUUUAGUUUUGGCGGGUUUUGUGGGUCUUCUUUUUUGCGCUCUUUUAUUCUCAUUAAUGAAGAUUUUGCCGAGCUUUUUUGUGAGGGACGCGCAGAUUAUUAUAGAAACUGAAAAAGUUUUUCCUGUCCUUGCAAGUUAUCAACUCGUCGAUUCGUUGGAAUGCGCCUUUGCUGCUAUUUUUAGAGGAUGUGGUUAUCAAAUUCUUUGUGCUUCCUAUUCUUUUAUAGCUUUCUACGUUAUUGGACUACCUUUAAGCGUUUUGCUUGGGUUUGUAGUGCGGCUGGGACUGCUGGGCGUUUGGCUCGGCCCUGCCGUGGCUCUUCUUCUUCAUUCUUUUGCUUCCUUUUUUACUUUAAAGCUUUUUAACUUCGAAAAGUUAUCAGAAGAAGCCAUUGAAAGAGUGACAGCUGAAAGCCUUCAAAACUGUAUUUCCAACAGUAUCCAAGAAGAUGGUCGCCCUUUAUUGGUAAAUCUUGACGAAUAGGGAUAAAUGAAUUAUUAUUGGUUAUAAACGAUCCUUUACCGAUUGAAUUCGUGGAAUAUACAGAUUAAAAAAA